GUCACCUCGGGCAACACCACGGCCGUCAAAGCCGCCAUCUACAAGCACGGCCCCGUGGCCGUGAGCAUCGACGCCUCCCACAAGAGCUUCUCCUUCUACUCCAACGGCAUCUACUACGAGCCCAAGUGCGACAACACACCAGGGUCGCUGGACCAUGCAGUGCUGGCCGUGGGCUACGGGGUCCUGCAGGGAGAGACCUACUGGCUCAUCAAGAACUCCUGGUCCACCUACUGGGGCAACGACGGCUACAUCCUCAUGGCCAUGAAGGACAACAACUGCGGCGUGGCCACCGAGGCCACCUACCCCAUCCUGGCCUGAGCCACCCUGGCCCUGCAGGGACAGCCCUCGGUGACACUCUGGGCACCCAGCCCUGGAUCAGCCCCUUCGGUGGAGCCCCCACGCAGCAGGAAGCAGGACAGGGCCACGGGGUGCUGGACACGGGGCAGGAUGGGGACCCAGCAGUGGGCUUGCCAAUAAAGACACUGGAAAAAUACUGGAUGGCUUCUACAGCAGGGAUUCAACUGCUGCCCACCCAGCUGUGCCCCCUGUGCAGCCCCCAGUGACACAUCCUGUCCC